GCCUUACGAUAGUAUUAGUACCUCUAAAUAGCUAUCAUCCAGCUACUCAUCCAUGAUUUCUUUCUCAUUAUUCUUUCCCCUUAAUUAAAAGAAAGUAAUGAUUGAAAUCUGACCACAAAAUGAAAACAUAAUGUAAUCUUUCUAAAGAUCUCCUAAAAAUCCCAUUCUAGACAUUCUAGUAUCGCUCAUCGUUCGGGUUGUUGCUGAUUGUUCCCUUAAUAAAAAACAUCAUGCAAAAAUUUUAAAGUGCACGUGCCUUCAAGACCUUCACUCGUACCAUGUUACCGUGUUCUGGUUUUUGUUUUGUCUGUCUCACUUUUCCAUCUCUUUGGUUCCAAUGUUUGCCAAGCCUCAAUGUACCCCAUCACGAGCGAUCUUCUCUUGGGAGGGUUUUGCUGUUAAUGCUCGUCGAAAGGGGAGCAGCAUGGUGCAGCAGGGUAAAAUGGUCGCAAAACCAGUUUUGGUACGAACAUUGCGCCAGCCAAACCAGGCCUCCCGCUAAGCCCGGGUUGUUAUGUUUGUUAUGCGAGGCUAUAUGCAGGAUCUCCACACCUUAUACUUUUGAUCGGAUUGGAUAAACAAAAAAGAAAUAAGACAUUGGUAAAGCAUGUCCUUCUACUCAUUCUACACAUUUUAGAAGCAAUUAUAAUGCUUCAAUUCAGGGCAACAAUCGUGUACAGAGCUGCAUUAGUCCAAAAAGUGAUCUUGCUACACACUCCGUUUACCAAAUCUCUCGUAUUCUUGCUGAAAGAAAAUCAAAAGCAAACAACCAUUUAUCGCAAUUUCCGAUCAUAAUUCACACCGUUUCAUCAGCUUCAACUUCAAGCUAACUAAAAGCUUAACCGUUUCCAUAAACGCUUACUUUCGUAAGCGUGAUUUAUUUUCACUCGCACCGAACGCAACAUAAGCAUAAAUGGGGAGAGCACAAUGCCUACAAAAGGGAGUAAAACAACCAGAACAAUUGUGAUCCGGACCACCCCAUGUCCAAGCCCAAUACCCCCCUUUUUCAACCUUACGUAAGUUCACGCGCAUGUAUGCGAUUUGAUAGUGGUAAGUGAGAUAGAUCAGAUAGAUUUUAUGCUUCGGUUAGUAAGAUCCCACCAUGAAGUAGUAGGUGCCACCAACCAAGCGCCAACUAAUCGGCCCCUUAUGUUUAACUGUAUAUUUUAUGACGUUUUGUCUCCAACGCCUGUACCCCCAAAAGCUAGCGGGAUUUAAAAUGAAAACAAAGCACAGAUUUCCGCAACCUACCCUUGCCCCUCAUAACCGGGCGGGGUGGGGUCUUGGUUGCGUUGUAAAGUGAGGGGGCGAAAUCCCGGACGCAAACACACACAGCGACACACACACGUGUAUGGCAUUUUUAUGCUAACCGCAACCGUUCCCGAGUAGCGUCCGUGCACAGUUUUAUGGCCUCGGUUAGGUGGCGAUCGACCGAUGGAUGACCAUCCAAGUCCGUUGGGCAAAGAUGUGGGAGGGUUUUGUAGCGAAAAAAAAGCAGGAAUACAAAAACAGUGCUGUGCAGAAAAUAAAGCACCAAAUAAAUCGUUAAGAAGUGAUCUUGAUCUUGAUGUAUACAUUAUAACGACACCUCUCUAUUUGAAUGCUUCUUAUUGUUGCCUCCUAACAUUGGCUUAAAUAUUGAAAAGUUUCUAAUUCAAUUAUACUGCAAUCAAAACAAUAUCAUUUUUUGGAUUUGUUUGCCUUAAUCUUAAGGUACCUUAAACUGCAGGCGCAUCCAAUAUUUUAUCCCACCGUGCUGCACCUGUAUCCUUAAUAGCUUUCCUUUUUAAAAAGCCCUUCGUUGUGUUUUCCCGCUGGGUUUGCGGGUUCCAUUCCGUCCGCAACUGUACCGGAGGAUAGCAGCAAACGGCAAGAAAAAGGGAAAAACCUUCUCUCCACUUCAGGCACCCUAAAAGCUACCGCCAAAUCUGUCCCAUUUCGACGACCACUGCACGGUUGAUGUUUGUUCUCGCUUGCACGUGGGACACUCCUAUUGCCAACGAAUUGGAAUCCGAAUCAGGUUCGAAAGGUUGCCUUGGCUCUGGUUGUAUUGUGUGUGUGUGUGUGUGCUGAUGGUGAGUUUUGGCCUCAGGCACGGCUGUGGAGGGAGAUACUUUAGAAGGAAAGACAAAAAACAACAACGGAAAGUUCAAACUAACGCGCGCCUCGGUUCGCGAGUCUCCCUCGACGACGCGUAUACGCAUUCUCUCGCGUGACUUCAACGACGGCGGAUGCUGUUUUAGUGUCGGUUGUCAACGGGUUCGUUUUCUCGUGGCAUCUAAUCGGUACGUUAAACCAGACACGGUUGGUGUGUUCGGUUUAUGGUUGAAAUCGAUCGCUUUACUAGUGUUAAUUGGAUGAUCUUCAAGUGAUCUUAUGUUUCUUGUGCUGAAAGAUGAGUCGGGAUCUGUUCACGUUUGCGGUUAGCUUGAAGAAAGUGGAUUGUCUGUGGUGAAAAGAAUACCUUGGUACAAAUUGAAAGUAUGCCGAAAAGUGAGUGAGUGUGAUAUCUUCAGUCCACGGUAGUAUGGUUUGAAAGUUACCUUGCAAAAUACCUGUUUGUUCGGAAAGCUGGAAGGAUACGAAGUGAAAGAAAAGGCACCAAUAAACGCCUGAGGGGCAUUACAAAUUGGUGUUUCGUUUCGUUUGGUAAAAAUAAACAACCUUCAAGAGGACGUUGGGUAAAGGAUUUGUUCGCAGUGGAUGAAGAAAGCAGAACAAGCAACUGGACUCGGGUUGAAGGCAGUUUGAGGCUUUUCGCGAUGCCAGUGACUGUGCGAGGUUGCUGUUCAAGAAUAACAGAAAACCCAAGUGAAGUGGCAAUUGGACGAUCGUUAGGAUUCUUUGUAUCUGUGUGUCCACACGUUUGUCCGGCUGGGAAGGUGAAUGAGCGAUGGACCCACUGUCCAACCGUAACCGAAAGAACAUACUAUCCUUGAGCGCACAACGGACAACACCAACGACGGCCGCAACGACGACACCAACGUCAGCAACCGGUAUGGCAACGCAUCUGCACAAUCAUCGUCAGCAUCAGCAGCAACCGUAUCAUCGACACUCUGCAAUUCCCGGCCAACAGUCUACCGGGCAGCCUCUUGCUCCAGUGCUACCAACGGCGAGUUCCAGUCCACUGGUGCACUCUACAUCGGGUCCAGGUGCGCACCUUCAGCAACAUCAUCACCACCACCACCAACAUCAUCAGCAUCAUCAGCAACAGCAGAAUGGCGACGGAUUGCCGAAAGCGUUCGUUGCCGCCAUGCGCACACUGUUCGACAUCAUGGACGAUCGGAAAACAGGUUUCGUGCGCUUGGCAGACAUCGAGGAGCGCUGGCAGGACGACGGUUCCAAGGGUUUGCCGCGCGGAGUCAUUGACAGCCUGCGCAAGGUAACACCCCCGAAUGGACAUCUCUCGUUCGAGCGCUUCUGCAGCGGGUUGAAAAUUUGCCUCUUACGCAACCAAACGGGAUCACUCGGUGCGUCAACCAUCACGCACGGUGUUGCGUCCCAUUCGACGUCCUCUUCUCCGCUGGCCCGAGACGAUCCGGGGCUAAAAGCGUCAAUGGCUAAACUCUCCCUCUCAAGACCUCCUUCAGCACCACUGCUCGAUCUAGACACGGGUGUUGGUGGAAACAGUAAACUGCCUUCGUUGGCACCUGCUUCUGCUUGGAGUACUACUGCUGGCCCGACGAAUACGGCCACCGUGCGACCAAACAAUGCAAUGCCAGCACAGAAAACGCUCAGCAUGCCGCAGCUACUAAAUCCCGACGGUGAUCUUGACCUGGAGCCACCGCCAAUAAUACUACCAGGCGCGUUUGGUCCUCCGAAACCGCCGCGUGUCUCUUUAAACCUAGACCGCAAUGCGCAACAUCAUCAGCAUCAUUCGCAACAGCAUCAGCACCCGAUUGGAGCUAGUUCCAGUAUCGAUAAGGCAGAAAUUCGGAACGCUCUCCAGAACUGGCAGAUGUCACUGCUAAUGGGUGAAGCUGCUGGCGAUAAGGGGGACGCAGGCAAAGGCACACUAAGACCACUGGCACGUGGAUCUGCCGAUGGACAAACGGAUCUCUCUACCUCGUCCCCUUCAUUGCAGUCCAUCAACCAGCUCGAUGGUGCACGGCUUAGCUCGGGCGGUCUCUACCAGAAGAAAUCACCAGGCGCAGCUGGACGACGGCGAGAGCCAAGACGGCACACGCUCCAAAAUGGCGUCGACUAUAACAUGCUCAAGCGGUUGAAGCAGAUCGAACAGGAAAAAGACAUCCUGCUGCAGGGAUUGACGGCGGUCGAGAAGGCACGGGAAUGGUACCACAAGCAGUUGGCUACGGUGCAGGAAAAGAUGCGAUAUCUUGGACGUCCCGGAUCACAUAUGGAAACGUGGACCGAGACGCAGCAGGAACGGUUAGACCUACAGCGUGCCCGUGUCCUCGAGGUGAAUCGCCAUCUUAUGAUGCUGGCAGAAAGCUGGGAACGGGGUGGUUUCCCCAUGCAUAUGAACCUUGCCUUACGUCCCCUGCCCGGUACAAUGCUUGGACCUGGACCAUCUCACUAUCAGCAGCGUGCGCUUCAUCAACAACGUCCGUCCCAGUCGCAACCGCCUACCGCUACCAUUCCACCAGCUGUUCCUCCGCCACCAUCAGCAUCGUCGGCAGGGACUUACCCGCCGGUACCUUCGCAGACACAUCAUCUACAGCAGCAACAGUCGCCGGAAAUGGUUAACCAUCUGAAGCAACAGAACCAUCAGCUUUGCGAGGAGAUAAAUCAAAAGAACGAGAAGUUGUCACUGCUGGAACGGGAAAAGGCGGCACUGAUACGGGAACUGUUGCAGCUACAGCGUACGAAUCGUGCCAGCAGUAUGAUAUCGAACACGGAAGAGUUGGUGUUCUGAUGGAACGGCUGCCCAUUGUGCCCCGUUGCCCGUGCCAUUUCAAGUGGAACGAAACAUUUUGCAAGAUUUCCUUUUUACCAAACGCUAGUCAGACGAAAUUGUAAUAGAGACAUAGUGGCGCUCUAGCGGUUCCGACGAAACCGCGAAAGUUAUUGGGAAAAUAUUAGGCAAAACUUACAGAACGCUUCUUUCAUUAUCAAUCGCAAAA